AUGGCCUCAAGUCUUGAUCAGACCUCAGCUUUUCACCCGAAAACGCACGAUGGGCUCGAGUUCUGGCAGUUCAUGGUUGCAGGCUCGAUAGCCGGUUCGAUCGAGCACAUGGCUAUGUUUCCAGUCGACACCCUCAAAACCAGAGUGCAAGCCAUUAGCCCUUCACCCAAAACCCCAUUGCUAAACCUCAGGCAGUCCCUCAGCUCCAUAAUGAAACUCCAAGGGCUGUCGGGCUUGUACCGCGGCAUCACAGCAAUGGGCCUUGGCGCUGGCCCGGCCCAUGCGAUUUACUUCUCUGUGUACGAAUCCUCCAAGAAAUUCUUAUCGUCCUUCGGAAGCCCGAAUAAUAAUAAUGUUGUGGCCCAUGCGGCUUCGGGCGUGUUUGCUACUGUCUCGAGCGAUGCUUUUUACACUCCGAUGGAUGUGGUUAAGCAGAGGCUGCAGUUGGAGGGAAGCCCGUAUAGAGGAGUGUGUGAUUGCGUGAGGAGGGUAUUUACGGAAGAAGGAAUUAACGGGUUUUACGCGAGCUAUAGGACGACGGUUUUUAUGAAUGCGCCUUUCACGGCCGUGCAUUUCGCGACUUACGAGGCGGCCAAGAGAGGGCUGAGCAGCAGCAGCUCGGAGGAGAGUUUGUUUGUGCACGCGACAGCUGGCGCGGCAGCUGGCGGGCUGGCCGCGGCUGUGACCACUCCACUUGAUGUUGUUAAGACUCAGCUGCAGUGCCAGGUGAGGUGUAAAAUGGAUCCAAAAAAAAAAAAGCUUUGCUUUAGAAACGGGUACCCGUCAAGAAGUGGUCUUUUAUCCGUGCGAAAAGGUCAUUUCUUGAUGGGAGUUCAAGGAAAUGAUCAAGUCGAGGGUGUUUGCGGAUGUGAUCGCUUUUCAAGUAGCUCGAUUAUGGAUAUGAUACGGACGAUCAAGAAAAAGGAUGGGUACGGUGGACUGAUGCGUGGAUGGAUUCCUCGAAUGUUGUUUCAUGCUCCAGCUGCUGCUAUCUGCUGGUCUACCUAUGAAGGAGUCAAGAGUUUUUUCCAGGCUAGGACUUGA